AUGAGCAACGACUUGAUUAAUGAUACGAUCAUUGACACGAAUAUCGUAGCAGAGAAAUUAGUAAGUGGAACUGGGAGUGAAUAUAUAAGCACUUCUAUAAAACAAAACCAAACGAUCGAAGAAUUUGCGUGCAAACAUGCCAUGACUCUAUUUUUAUCCACGGUUUUUCUCGUUCUGAUCGUUAUGCUGCUUUGUUGUUUCCUCUGUCUGAUUUGUCUGUGCAAAAAAUGUUACCGCAACAAGCAACACUCAAGCAAUGAUAAGAUGGAAUUCAUACCAUGUCACAACCAGGAUGCAGAAAAAACAGUAAAAUACACGAAAAUAAACGGGCAAAUGGAUGUACUGGGAAGAAAUCAAGUCCAGCAAAGGAUUCAACGCGGUAUAGAACAAUCCAACUGA